AUGGCGUGUGUCACCGUUCGGCCGGGCCUGGCCGCCCCUUAUAAUCACGCUUUUGAAGAUGAUUUACUUGUUUCCAUGGAAACUCUCACUUAUGAUACGCCUGAUGGACCAAAACAGUGGGAGGAAUUGUCAACAAAGCAGCUUAACAGAUGGAAGAAAGAAGUACUUGAGCCUCUUAUAUGGGCCGACAUAGCUGUAGCUUAUGUUCUUGUGGUGAUUUUAACAGAAACAGCAUGGCAAGAAGUGAAUGAUCAGUGUAAUAGAGGAAGUCAAAGGAAUGCAGAUGAAAAAAGUGAUGCCAGUAUAGCUUCAGUAAGAGGAAAAUUUGAAGAACUUUGCUUCCAGGAUGUAGAUGAUGGGGAAGCUCAGGAGAAAGUAAAAGUUCAAGUGGAUGUGAUAGUGCAAGAUUAUGCUAGAAAAAUUCCCAAAUUUAUGAUGGCACCUCAAGCUUCAUCAGAAGGUCUUCAUUUAGCUUUGCCAGUACCGGAACUGAUUGGCAGCCAAGCCGCUGUUCGCAGAAAGAGAGUACAGUUGUCAAAUGAAUGUUUUUCAUCCAGACCUCUACAGUUGCAAUUUUCUGGUGUUCCCAUUUCACCAAAUACAAUAACCAUACCCAGGCAUCAACCCUCUCCAGAACCAAAUAAAACUUACGGUGACAGUAUCUUGGAAGAAUACCAGUCUGCAGAUGAGGAAUGCUCCUGGAGUAAUGUAACUCUUGCAGACUUGUAUCCAGCGAUGGUAGAGAUUCUUACAAGGCACAUGACAAAGCAGUCUCGAAGAAAAGAGUUAAAAUACAUGUUUGCACACUUAAGGCACAAAAGAUGGCGUCCUAGAAGACCAAAGCUCAGUGUCACUGUAGACAAGAUAAGAGGGUUCAGAUCUCUUAAACUGAAGCAAGCAUUACCCAGCAUAUGCAGCAGCAGAAGUGAAGACAUCCAGAAUCAAACUUUUGGAAAUGAGAACAGAGAACUUUGUGAUGACACAUGUGCCACUAAUGAUUUAUCUGGUCUGGUACCUUAUUCUUCCAUUGAUAUAAAUGAACUCAGAAUGGACUACUCCGACUCACAUUUAGAAUGUCAUUUAGUGUCUGGAAAAGGUCAAAAAGCCUCCAAACAGACUGUGUUUCCUGAUGUUAUGGCUAGAAUGGGGGAGACGUUUCUAGCUGAAGUUGAGUUACAGACUGCUGUCUCACCAAAGAAUUCAAAAUGCAAAGAAAGUGAAAAACUGGCUUACAAAUGUUCCUCAGAAUACCGUUUUUCAACACCUACUGCCAGUUCAGGGUCAACAGCACUUUGUCUGGUAAAAGACAGUAAAACUCAAAAAAUUUACUUUCCUUAUGGUGAUACCUCUAAGUUGUAUUCAUCUACUGGCAGUUCUUACGGUAACAGUAACACUUUUACACCUGUCACAAACUGUUCUCUUGCAAGACCAUCAAAUACUUUGCUUAUAAAUCUAGAAAAUAUAAUUUCUGAAAGACAAAAUUCUUUCCAGCACAAACACUCAUUGUCUAUAAAACAGAGUCCUUCAAAGAUGCCCCAGAAAUACGAAGAUGCGUUUGAAACGCUCUACAACAAACUGUGUUCCAAAGAAAUCCAAAAGCCUUUGACAUUGACAAGACCUCUUGCAAACUCACAGAACCUUGAAGAGAAAGGAAGAUUAGUGAAGAGGAAUUUAAGUGAUUCUGUGAGGUCCACUGUGGAAUAUGAUAGAGAAUUUGACAGGAUCAUGAGCAAUUGUGUAGUAAGCCUGAUCCAAAACUUCCUGGAUUUCAGAGAGCUGCAAACUUAA